UUCACCUCACAAGUCAUCACACAUCCUCUCUUACACGCCCGAGCUCAACUCUCAUCUGUCCAUCCAUUCAGUUCCUGCCUCCACGGACCAACCGAGGAGCAGUACCACAUCAUACAAUGCCUGGUGCUAAGAGUUUGAUGUCUCUGAUGGUGGUGCUUGUGGCUGCAGUGUGUGUGGCUCACGCACAGGAGAGGAUUAAGAUGUGUGGAAGAGAGCUGAUACGUCUGGCCGUCUCAUCAUGUGGUAACUCACGGCUAAGGAGAAGCAUCCCGGACAUAGAACUGGGCCAACAGCAGCUCACGCCUCACUGGGACCAUGACGCUUCCACAGGGGAGCACUGGGCCACAGAGACAGUCCACAUCCCUCAAGAGUCUGACGAGAAGAAGGAUGUCUCAUCUUUGGCUCCUCACUGGUACCCUCUGUCUUCUCGGAGCAGACGAGCUGCUGGGAAAAUGCCUGAGAUUUGCUGCGAGAGAGGAUGCAGCAUGAAAGAGCUCAUACAGUUUUGCUAGAUUUUAGCUUACUUGCUAAAAUUCUGUUUUGAAGUGUUUGGUUCAUGCUACACAUUUGCUUAAAGGGACCUUUACCAAGCUGCCUAACUGUUAACAAGUCAGAUAAAAUGAUUUUGCUAUAUGUCCACUAAUGUAGCAUUCUGGCAAACACUGCACAUCAGUAAUAAUAGCUAAUUACUGAUCAUAUUUAAUGAAAUAUUUUCUAUUUAACCAAAGAUAAAAUCACAAUGUCCACAGGUUUUACAGAGAGACUGCCAAAUUGAAAUUAUUGUCUAUUUUAUACUAAAAUAAUAUGUUCAUUAAUGUCUUCAUUAUUGUAGGAAAAAGUUUAUUUAUAACCCUCAAACUAGACUGCAAUAAAGCUUUGG